AUUGUUUUGGUUUCUGUUAAAAAAUACCAAACGUUAAAUAUUUUCUAGUUUAUUGGUUUAAAAUGAAUCUGAAGUUCUGGAAGUUUGUGAAAGUAAAAAGUGAAAUAUCCUGGUUAGACAAGCUAUCACUAGCAUUCGCAGAAUAUUGUGGAACUGUAAUAUUUGUAAGCAUUGGUUGUAUGGGAAGUACAUUCGAACGUUCUCAUGAGUUAGAAAUGGAAAGUCCGUUCGCCCUCGGGAUGGGUGUCAUGAUCGCAAUGCAGAUUUUUGGGAGAAUAUCAGGCGGUCAUGUUAAUCCUAUGAUAAGUAUUACCUCCGUAUUAAUUGGACAACUUUCGGUGAUCGAUGCACUAUGUUACAUAGUGGCUCAGUUUACAGGGGCAUUUGCUGCGCAGAUAAUGCUUCUGUUGUUGCUACCAAACUUAUACGUUUAUGGUACACCAAACCCCAGAGACGGCGAUUACAAAUUUUGUUCACCUCGAAUCAGUGCCGAAAUGUCAGGAGGAAAAGCUCUGGGCUUAGAAGGGGUUAUCACAUUUUUAUUAACUAUGUCAUUUUGCGGAAUGUGGGAUUUAAGGAAUGAGAAGUGGAUCGAUUCCAGACCCUUAAGACUUGGUGUUAUAAUAUCGGGGCUAACGAUUGCUGCUUGGCCUUUUACCGGUGGUUUCCUGAAUCCUGCAAGGACUUUGGCGGCAGCUGCAGUAAACAAUUUUUGGGAGUAUUGUCAUAUGUACUUGAUUGGACAGUUACUAGGAGGUGUCUUAGGAGCACUUACUUAUAUUAUAUUUUUCAUCCAGCUUGAGCCGUCGCAAGAUGUAACUGCACCGCCAGCGGAAGAAGAAAAAGCAUAAUAAAAUUUCAAAAACUAAUUUUACUUAACACAGACGUGUAUUGUAGUUUUUUGAUCUUCAAACUUUAUGGUAGAAUAGUUAAAGAGAUAUGCUAUAGUAUAACCUUACCUCCACUUUA